GUCGACUACUGCAAACUGUCUGCCUGCACAACUAAUUCAUCUCGACGCGGACAUUGGCCGGCUGUCAACUGAACGAGGCCUGUACGAGCAACCACUCCCUUCUAUUGGCCUUGACCCGUGACGUGCAGCCUGCAGCGCUCCAAACACCCUCCUCCGGCACGGCAUCUUGCAGCGCCACCCGACCUGUACCUACAGUAUAGCCUCGCGAACUUCCUCUGGCCUCCCAGCUCUGCUUAAUCGAGUGCAGCAACACUGUGUCACUUCUCCAGCACCUGCCCGCGCAUUCUUUCUGUGGACAGGAGGCAGAGUUCGCACCGAGCCAUCCGUUCACUGCCGGGGAACGAUUGACUUAAAAAGCAGUCUCCCGUCGCCCACCAUGUCUAUCAACUGGGUCAUGAUCUCGCCCGAUACGAAUCCGCCCUUCACCCCCCUCCCCGGCGAGAAGCUCAUCCACACCACACCCAAACGCGUACAACUAUCGAUCGAAUCGCCAAAAAACUAUCCCGGGAAGCAGCAGACCCCAUACUCGCUCACAGAGAAAAGUGGGCAGGUCUUCCUCACCAACACCAGAGUGCUAUAUUUGCCAGAGAAACCAACAGCGACGUUUCAAAGCUUCGCCUGCCCCAUACUCAACCUACACGACUCGCGCAUCACGAUGCCCUGGUUUGGCGCGAAUGGGUGGCAAGCACUAGUACAACCAGUGCCGUCUGGGGGGAUACCUAUACCGAGCACGGGGGUGCUGGAGCUGAACCUGAAAUUCAACGAUAAUGGAGCAUUCGACUUCCACUCACAUUACGAAAAGAUGCGGGAACGACUGCAACAGGCGGUGGAGACACAGCGCGCCAACGGUGGAGUGAGCGCAUCAAGCUCAGCAAUCAACGGAGGUGUCGACGUAUCGACAGUGCCACUCGAAGACCUGCCGGCGUACUCGGAGGAGAGUGAUGGACCUCUGAUUGCGCCGACAGCUAUGGCUAUAGCGCAGAGCCCCGUCUCGCAGCAGCGAGAUAGUGGUGUACAGAUGGGCAAUGUCAAUGCGAGCGAGGAAGAAGCCGCACGACCAACGCCCAGGGCAACAGACAAUGCCUUGAAUCCACCCGACGAGCCGCCUCCAGGGUAUGAAGAGGCGCAGAUGGCCACUCUCAACGAUGAAGCGGAAUGGGCAGCAGAGCGGGACAGAAGGACAACGUGAGGACAAUUAGUAAGACCUUGAUUUAUUGAUGUGACGGAGUAGCGGUGGUGAAACGUGCAGAAAUCAUGAGAUCAAUGUGCUCGGUCAUGAUGGUAGCUCCUAGAUGUCCCCCGGGCUGCAAGGCGACAUGCCGGUGCAUCCAUCCUUUCGUCGUCAGACGGGAUCCCACAAUCGUCUGCCGGCAGCGCUUGACCGUGCCAUGUGAUCAGCCACUGUUCUGGUACCGCAGCAGCAGAAGUGACGCGUAGACAGCGGCAACCGACGGCAUGGACUGCGUGUACCGUGCAUGUGUAUCUGCUGACGGUUGUCACGGUCAAGCUAUAUGAGAAUACCUGACCUAAUGAGAGGCUUCGGUGUGAUUUGAAUACCGAGGGAAUAAUGAUAAUACAGGGCAGGCCAUCCUUAGGUACCUCCUAUAGGUAGAGACGUAAGUACUAUGUACAUGUACCUACAGUACCUACCUACAUGGUCGGUACAAGUACUGUAACUACCUCCUACGUACAAGCACAUGCAGUAGUC